AUGGGAAGCAAAAUAAGCAUAGAUAAAUAUGUUUCUUAAUUAGAUGAUAUUCUAGAAUAUAAUAUAAAUAAUAUAUAAAAAGAUUACUUUGAUUCUAACAUACCAGAACCAAUAACAUAAAAUAUAAAAAUUUGGAAAUUCCGCGAAGAUGAUGCAAAGUUAAAAAAAAUAGUAAGCUAGCCUAUAUCAUUAUAAAACCUUCAGAAUUCUAAUUUUACUUUUUUAUCAACUGAAUGUUAUUUAGUUUUAGUAGUCUAUAAAUGCUAAAAAUAGUAAAACAAUUCUAAUAGAUGUGCGUUUAUAAAUUUUCCUCAUUCAAUGUGGGGUAUAGUAUAAUCUUAUAAUAAUUUGACUCCGCGAGGGUUAGAGAAUCCUUUAUCAAAUAGUGAAUUGAAUCUUUAGAUACUCGAUAGUUUUUUAUUGCCAAAUUAAAGGAAACAAAAAUAAUAUUUAAAUUAUGAACACAUGAUAUUUGUAUGGAAUGGAAAAAAUUCGAAUCCUUUAAUAAAAUCUUUAGCACUUUCUUAAGCUUAUAAUUUAGAAGCUUAAUUAAAUAAAGGGGGUGAAAAUUUAUUGCAAGUAUACUUUUUAUUUUUGAAUAUUAUUAUAUUAGAUUUUUAAUAGGUUCUAUUCUAAGGAGGUAUUAUUUAAGCAAAUAAAAUUGAAAUUGGAAAAGUAAUAUAAUUAAAUAGUACUUCUAACAAACCAAAUAAUCCUGAAACAAAUUAUUUACGUUGCUUUAAAAAAUAGUUUUGUGAAUAAAACUAACCUUAAAAUGUUUAUUUGAAUAACUUUAUAAAAGUUUAAUAAAAAAAAAAGAAAUAAAAUAAUAGUGAAGAAACCAGUUCUCAAAUGAACAACAACUUAAAUACUAAUUUUAACAACAUUAAUAAUAAUAUAAAUAAUAAUGAAAUAAGUAACAAUAAUAAUAAUAAUAAUAAUAAUAAUAAUAAUAAUAAUAAUAAUAAUAAUAUUAAUAAUAAUAAUAAUAAUAAUAAUAAUAAUAAUAAUAAUAAUAUCAAAAAUAUUAAUUUCAAAUCUGGAAUUGCAAUGAAACCUUUGAAUUUAUCCAACUUAAAUAGUUAGAAAGUUAAUAAAAUUAACAAUUUAAUUAAUGAUAAUUUAUAAGAUUUAUAAUAAAUUAAUAAUACUGAUUAAUUCGAAACCUUGAACGAUCCUAUAAUUAAAUUUAAUAUCAAAUUUGCAAAUAUAAAAGAAGAUGAAUAAGAAAAAAAUAAUAGAUACAAACUUAAUUUAUAAAAAAAUUAAUAUGAUUAGUUUGAUGAAGAUACCGCAAAUGAUAAUUUUUAUGAUAAAAGAAAUGAAAUAAAUAGUUUUAAAUUAAAUCCAAUAGCAAAAAUAAAAUAUUUUGCAUAGAUUUGUAGUGAGGUGAUUCCUAAUUUUUUAUAUGUUAGUGGAGAAAAAGUAGCUUAUAACAAAUAAAAACUGAAAGAAAAAAAAAUUACCCAUAUUAUAAAUUGUGCAGGUGAUGUUUGUAUAAAUAAAUUUCCAGAAGAAUUUAUAUAUAGAACAUAUCACUUGAAAGAUGUUAAAACUGAAGUAAAAAUAUAAAAUUACAAAAAGAAUAAUAAUAUAAAUAAUAAUAUAUAUAAUAUAAAGAAUAUCGAAUGUAUUUUUUAUGAAACCAUAUCAUAUUUAGAAGAAAUUGCUAGUUAAAAUGGAAGAGUAAUAAUACAUUGUAUUUAAGGAAUUUCAAGAUCUGUUACUUUAUGUAUUGCUUACAUGAUAUGGAAAUAUAAAUAUAAUUUUUAAGAUGCAUUAGCAUAAGUUAAAAAAGCAAGAGAUAUAGCAAGUCCUAAUGCUGGAUUUUUGGUUUAAUUAAUUAAUUUUCACAAAAGACUUUUUUCUACAUACGAAAGUAUACCAAUAAAUCCUAGAGUAUGGUGCGUAUGUAGUCACUAAUUAGAAUAGCCUUAUUUAAUUGUUGCAAAAAUGCUUUUAGAGGGUUUGUUUUCUGUGCAUAAAUUAGAUCCAAGGGGAGUUUUUAUAAUAUAAAGUCAAUAGAAAAUAUAUAUUUGGUUGGGAAAUUAAUUACCUUUAGAAAGAUCUUUAAAAUAUUAAGAAUAUGCUUUAAUUUAUAUUGGAAUAUUAUAAAAAAAUGAAAAUGCUCCAAAAAAUGUUGAAAUUAUAUAAUCUGGAUAUGAAAAUGAUGAAUUUUGGAAUUUGUGGUUUAAUUAAAAACCUGAAGUUACUACUCAAAUAAAUAAAGAAUGGAAUAAUUGGUUUUUAGAUUUAAAUUAAUGUUAAAAUGUAUAAAAAAAAAGAUAAAUUAUUUUUAUAUAUCAUAUUUUUUUAAAAAGUAAUUUUAACCAAAAUAUUAUGAGGAUGAAGAAGAAAAUAAACCAAAAAAUAAUUAUAGUAAUUAAGAUAAAAAACCUAUUCUAUUUAUUUAUCCCGAAUACAAUAAACCUUUAACAAUUUUUGAUUAUGAUGAUCUUAGUGAAGAGAAUUUGUGUAUUCUUUGUAAACAAUAAGAUGGUAUUAUUAAAAUACAUAUUUGGAAAGGCUAUGAAUUUAAUGAACCUGAUGAGGUUGAAAAAGGAUUUUUAGAUAAUCUUAUAUAAAAUAAUUUUCCUUAAUAAGAUGCUCAUAAUAUAUAUAUUUAUAAUGAAGUAAAAUAUUAUAUUUUUUUAAAUUUUUAUUUGA